AUGACGUCCACCGCUGCCGACUCUUCCAGCGCUGCCACUGGCGGCGGGUUCUGCGUUCACUGUGUCUCCGGGUUCCGUAUCCCCGGCGAGCCCAGAGGCAAGAUGGAAACCAUUCACGGCAUCAACACGUACGUGGCCACCCCCUCCCAGCCUUCCUCCGACUCCGCUUCGAAGGCCAUCAUCUACUUUUACGACGCAUUCGGACUCAAGCUCGCCAACAACAAGAUCAUCCCCGAUCAGCUCGCCGAUGCUACCGGUCUCACCGUCUACGUACCCGACGUGUUCAACGGCGGAGGAAUCGACGAAUCCUCGCUCGCUGUCGCACCCUCCACCGCGGCACACAUGAAAACAGCCUCGCUGUUCACCAAGCUUCGUGUGGGAGCAGCAUUUGCCCUCGCCACCCCUUUCUUCGUCAAGAACCUGCCUCAGUCCAAGAUCCCGACGCUCAAGAAAUGGAUCGAUGAUCUCAAGCAGUCGAAUGGAUACACGAGGCUAGGCGGCACCGGCUACUGCUACGGCGGCAAGUUGGUCAUCGCACUCAACGCGACCGGUCAUAUCGAUGUCAGCGUUGCCAAUCAUCCAAGCAUGAUCACUAAGGGCGAUAUCGCAGCCAUCAAGAAUCCCAUCCUCUUCAACUGCGCCGAGGAAGACCCUACGUUCUCGGAAAAUUACGCAAAGGAAGUCGAACAGCAGUGGAAGCAAGACACUAGCAAGCCAGCACACCAGUUCGAGUACUACCCGAACACUGUGCAUGGCUUCGCUGCCCGUCCCAAUCUGGGAGACAAACAGGUCAAGGAGGCCUUUGAAAAGGCUUUCAACCAGACAGUCGCUUUCUGGAAGGCGAAACUUUGA